AUUUCCCAACCCCCAGUCCAGUCCUGGCACAGGGUCAGGAUAGGCCAACCUCAGCAAAGAGGCUAGAAGCGGUUGUCACGUUUCAAUAUCCUGUGUCACGACUCCUAUAUUAUCUCUUUCUCUGUGCCUUUAUCAUCUCCGGUAUUGCCGUUGUUCCCCGACCCCAUCGCCCAUGUGGUCCCCCAAGCUCGAACGACAACCUUGUCGACGCUCCUUCUUCUUCCGCGCCCGACGAUUCCUUAACUUGGCACUUUCAUCAUCACAUUCCAACGGAAAGCCGUUAACCCCCCUCCUUCGGUUUUCAUGUGCGUCGAGCACAGGUCCGCCUGCCCUGUCUGCCGGAGGCUUUUCCUCGUCUAUGUCGAGUUUUGCAGAGAAUACCACCCCCCCUGGCUAUUCUGUCCAGGGGGCGUCGUCGUGGAAGCCUCCGAUAUGCUCGAGGGUCGCUGUCAUAGCCCCGUCUGUCCUAACAGUCGGGUCGGUGGCUGCCAGGUUAUCUGAUUCUGACCCUCUCCGUCCCGGAUCCGACUGGGCGGUCCCCCGAUUUGCAUAGGACAGCCAUCCGGCCCCGGGCCAUUCAUUCAGAGCUUUUGUCCGUUAUGGUCUACUUCGACGACCUGGUCGAUCCCUUCGUACUGGGGGAGGUCGAGAUCAUACUGCCUCGCAAUCUUGGGCGACACGAACCUGAACCCACGCGUCAAGUCAAGGAGGACCACGAGUGGCAACAGAAAU